GGCCGCGCGUCGGCGAGAAGCAGAGAGGAGCGCCGGCGCGCGUGCUGGAGGUCUGUAGAUCUCAGUGUUGCAGCCGGCGUCGCCAUGGUUUCGUCCGCACAACUCCCACCCGAGAUCCAGCUGGCGCAGCGGCUAGCUGGGAACGAGCAGGUUACCCGGGACCGGGCGGUGAGGAAACUCCGGAAGUACAUCAUGGCCAGGACUCAGCGCGCCGCAGGUGGCUUCAGUCAUGAUGAGCUGCUAAAGGUAUGGAAAGGACUGUUUUAUUGCAUGUGGAUGCAGGACAAGCCGCUCCUCCAGGAAGAACUAGGAAGGACUAUUUCCCAGCUCAUCCAUGCUUUUCAGACGACAGAGGCACAGCACCUGUUCCUUCAGGCAUUCUGGCAGACAAUGAACCGUGAGUGGAUGGGCAUAGACAGACUGCGCCUGGACAAGUUCUACCUGCUCAUGCGGAUGGUCCUGAGUGAGUCCUUCAAGGCUGUGAAGAUGCAUGGAUGGGAAGAAAGACAGAUCGAGCAGCUGCUGGAGCUGCUGCUGACCGAGAUCCUGCACCCCAACAGCCAGGCCCCCCAUGGGGUGAAGAGCCACUUCACUGAGAUCUUUUUGGAGGAGCUGAGCAAAGUGGGCGCUAAAGAGCUUACAGCAGAUCAGAACCUCAAGUUCAUCGAGCCCUUCUGCAGAAUUGCUGCCCAGACUAAGGAUUCUCUGGUCCUGCACAGUGUCACUCAAGGCAUCUUUGAAACCAUCGUGGAGCAGGCCCCGUUUGCCAUCGAGGACUUGAUGAAGGAGCUGGAAGCACAAAGCGAGGAGGAAGAGGAGGUGGUGCCGGACGGUGGUGAGGCCUCAGAGGGUGGUUCCAUCAGUAGAGCUGAGCCUGAGGUGGGCCAGGAGCAGGGGGGAGACGAUGGGGAUGGCCCUGUUCUCCAGUUUGACUACGAGGCAGUUGCAAACAGACUGUUCGAGAUGGCCAGUCGGCAGAGCACCCCUUCUCAGAACAGGAAGCGUCUCUACAAAGUGAUCCGAAAGUUGCAGGACCUGGCAGGAGGCAUCUUCCCUGAGGACGAGAUCCCGGAAGAGGCUGGCAAAAGGCUGCUGGAGGGCAGGCGGCAGAGGAAGGCCAAGAAGCGCCUGCCUAAAUCUCAGCUGCGACACAGGAAAGGGACGGGUGAAAAGGAGGACUCAAGCCCAGACCCAAACUCGGGAAUUGAUCAUGCCCUGCCCCGAGAGCAGCCUAGAGGCCGUGGCAGGAGAGGGGCUGGCAAGAGAAAGAGACAGCCUCAGAGGCCAUCUGGGGCCAGCACAGGGGAAGCCAAUGUCCAGGAGCCAAAGAAGAAAAAGAAACAGAGGCUGGAGAGCAGGAAGUGAUGUGGCUGGCCCAGGCUGGCAAGGUGUGGAGCGAGGGCCAGAGUGACUGGGCCUGAGUGUGGACUCUGAGGACCAACAGCUCUUCACUGCUGUGUGGGAAGGUGGCCGGGGGCCAGGCUGGAGAGAGCAGACCCUUCACUCAGUGCUGGUGUCCUAAAAAAUGCUCCUUUCACCAGAAAGCCAUUGCUGCCCAUGGUGGUGGUGACUUUGGGGGAGAAGGUCAGACUCUGAGGACUUAAACUGCACCUGUAUCAGGGACUGGUGCCCUGUACCGUGGGGUGGCUGUAAAUAAAAUGCUGCACGGCUUCACCAGAGAAGCACUGCUCUGCCCAUCGUGCAGACAGGUGUCCUGGGAGGCAGGUGCAAGGCACAGG